AUGGUGAUGGUAGAACUAUCAGAAACAAUAGGACGUGGUGGUGGAGGCAGAUCUGGAGGCUCCCGUGGCUCAAGAGGCACAAGAUCCAGUCGAUCGAGAUCUAGGUCUGGAGGGUCCAGCUCAAAACCUAAAAUCACCAGGUACACACCAAUCAAAGCCACCUCAGUUCGCUCCCCGGUGAUUGUCAAACUAACUAAACUGGGAUCGCGUUCAAGCACGUUCAAGAAAGUUGUCGUUGCCUACUUGGUGACCCGCUACGCGUUCAGCAGUGCCCCAGUCUGUCGGAUAUCCAAUGUACCGGAGUUAAGUCUCCAUCCCGAAGGGGCUUAUGUUGCGCUAGUAUCAAUACGUUCAGUGAUAAUAAUAGUAGUGAACAUCAAAGUAGCACUUUAUCUGGCUUUUAGAGUGCUGAAAUCUCGAAUUUAGCUUGGAAAGUCCGUAACCUCUUUUAACACUUCCAAGUAUUCAUCCAUAUCAAUUAUUAACGACCCUCAAGUGAGGAUGUUCUAGAAAUAUAAGUUGUCUAAAUUUGUAUUUGGCUUGUUCUUGCUUCGAUUUUAAUAAUCACAAUAUCGAUCUAACGAUCUAAUUCCGUAUUUGUCGUUCAUAUGGACUCCCUUCUUGCAUAGUAAAGGAUUGACUUCUGACUGUGGGAGAUUGACUUACAUUCGCACGAUUGUCGUGGAUUAUGCCAUCGAGUACAAAGAGAUGAUCCAUGUUUCAACAAAGUUUUAAAAUUUCCAAAUUUUUUAAAAAGUGUUACGUUCACAUUAAAAAGUGGAUAUCCAUUGGCAGCAAAAAACAUCACGCGCAUUGGAAGGAAAAAAAUUGAAUAAAAUCUGAUAUUUUGUUGCGAGACAAGGCAGUUAUAGGGCUCAAGCGAAUGUUUGACGCGUGAUAUUCUGAACAGAAAGCACCCGGGAAAAAAAAGUCAAGCUUGUGAACAUGCAAAAAUUUGUUACCUUAACUCUUAUAUCAGCUUAUGACUUUUCUGAAAUUUUAAGGUACAUCUGUCCUCCAUGUUAAGAAACAUGUCGAUUUUUCAAAUAACACAAUAGGCAAAAGAUUCCCCACGAUACUCAUUAGCACGCUUCUUUACUGGAUUUCUGCUGUCGUGCUUUGGUCCACGCAAGUCAGCGUGCGUUGAAAAACAAUUACAAAAAAAACAAGAAACAAUUUUACAAAAAAAAUUUUGAAAAAAAAUUUACGCACGUCUGCAAUGGCAAGAAUACAGAGAAAAGUUAAACAUACUGAUUUUAACGCGGCAGUGAAAAUUGCUUACGCACUUUACGCAUGUGUAAAGUACGGAAAAACUCACGCGGCACUGGAAAUCCACCUUUAUUAGAAAGGGGGGAGGAAAAAGACGAAUAUUCCUCAGUGCGUAAUGUAUGUAACAGCAUACACUACGCACUGAGAAACUACCAAAGAUUAUAAGGAUUAUCAUCACACGUAUUUCCAAAGUUCUCACAAAAUUUCCCAAGUCGCGAAGUGAGGAGGGGAAUUUGUGGAACUUUGGUUUAUUUGUGAAAUUAUUUGCGCGAGGGUACUUGCGAUUACUUCUUAAUGACAUUAAAGCCAAGCUUCCAGAAGAGUAUUUCUUCUUAGACAACAGUGUCGGGAAUUUCCUCUCACUGGUUACAAAUAUUAUGGCCUGCAAGCAGGUGCUCGUCAUAAGAUUAGAUCCAAAUAGGAGGGAAAAGUGAUGCAAUUUUAAAUUGAUCUAUAUCAAAGAAAGUCUUAUUUUACUAGCUGCUGUAAAUGUAUGAAUAUUAAUUCGUGAUAAUUACUCAGUGCAAACCCACUGAAUGAAAAUCGUCUCUCUUUGAUAAGAAAUCCUACUGGUCAUACGAUUUUUCUAAUUUGUGAAAAAUACCGUAUGAUAAAUCAGAAGCCUAAUACGCGAUUUAUUCACAAAAGAGAAAAAUCAUAUUGGUUUUUUCCCGCCUUUCAGGGCGGCCAUGCGAAGUAAUUGAGACUGAAUGUUUGGAACGUUCUCUGCUUGCCUGAAAACCAGCAAGUAAAAAUGUCCUACUGUUUGUGUGAACUUAGAACAGGGAGAGCGCAUGAUGGAGAGAAACCGAAUUUAUCUCAAGUUUCUGAACGUAAAUUUUCCGACCACAGUUCAUAAUCUAGCUAGUUCGACCGCAGAUUAUCAACAUGGCCUGCCAGCAAUGUCGCUCUUACAGGCACUGUUAUUCAAGGUGGUCAGUUCAACAUCUCUAUCAGCAGCCUUAAUCAAUCACCGACCUUGGCCACUCCAGAGAGUGACAUAGAUAGAAUCCACAAAAAGGUACAAAAGACUAAAAGUACUCGAUUCCGAUUCAUAGUAAAAAAAGCUAGUUUGUUGAAAGCUUAUAGGAGCUUAUAGGAGCUUAUAGGAGCGUAUAGGAGCUAGUAUUUUCAGAAACUCUUCAAUUGUCAAACGUAAGCCUAAAUUUCUUUGUAAUCGUUUUCGUCGAAUGAACUCUCUUAAAAGUACAUUUUGGCCUUUUUAAUCAUAUUGGAAUUGAGUAUUUUAGGCUUCUUGACAGCAUUGAUUGGGUCUGAGGGAAGCUAAGUUUUUCUUGGGGGGAAGGGGGGUCUGUGGCCCCAAGGGGGAGGGUUAUCAGUGAAAGUGAGCACCAAAAGGAGGGUCAUACCUCUUUGUAAGGUAUUCAAGGGGAGGGGGGGGGGAAUACACACCCUUCCCAGAAUUUUUUAAUGAGGAUUUUUGUGAUGUCGUUCUGCGCUGUUACUGUCACUGUCAGACUCUGAAUUUGAGUCAGAGGCUGGCUGAAUGUUGUUUUAACCUUCCUGCGCAAUAGAAGUCAAAAUCAUACUAACAAUAUGUGCCUUCACCACCCUCACUUUCUUAUCUUUCUUUCCUUUAAAUGCAAGAUUCUGGUGAUUAAUAUAAAGCUCAAGUUCACAAACUCUAAGGGAUGACAACUGGCUUCUGUGAUAGAGAUCUUACCAGUCAAUGUCAUUGCAUCCCUGUCGCUUUCUUCUGCACGCUUCCUGUCAUUAUCUGUUGGCCGCUUAUCUUUCCUCAUUUCAAUUAUGUCAGUUAGAUGCUAAAUAUAAUCUGCAACAAGCUUCUCCGAAACAAUGUAUUUUUCAGAAAACUCUUUGAUUGCCUUUUUAUCCCUUGCUUUGAGCUUAUCCCCUCGAACCAUCUGUUUUAUUUACGCUCGAGGCUGAUAAUCAUCAGGUUUGCGGCCACUCGUAGGUGUUUUCGCACUUGGUUGGUAGCAUCUGUAGUUACUUUGUUUGUGUUUAUCAACACGUUUCGUUAUUCGUAGUUAGUGUCCAUGUAACAUCUUUAAGCUCUUUCUAGCUGGUUAGUUUGGUUGAUAUGAUACACACUGAACUAAAUGAAGAUAUGCGACCCGACAUUUUCGUGGAGGCUGCUGGUGUAGUAGGACACGAUUUACUUGUAACUAUUAUAAAUAUAUAUCUUAGUUUUCGGCAAAAUGUCAUGUUACCAAUGGCAAUUAAUUCAUAGUCGGUGAAAGGUUUUCAUUUUUCAAGUGCAAUUUAUGUAGGAAUUUAAAAUUUUCCCAAUAAAUACUGGGAAAACACGAUGUGCGCGCGUGAUAAAACACAUGCACGAUUGAUAUUCAUGACGUUUUAGUUAUUUUCCAUGAAGGAACCUCGAAACAAAGAGAAACAAAGUAAUGCGGUCUACUUCACUAGGAAGCUGCUCAGUCCAAGGUCUUAAUAACCCCUGAAAAUAACUUUGUAGAUCUUUAUUUAUGAUCAAAUGGGAAGAAAGGUAAUUGGAUGUUAAGGUCUCUUAUUCGAGUUUAAAAGCAGAUGCACUUCGUGGGAAUGUCGCGUAAUACAGAUUUACUCUUUGUGUAUCUAGGAUUACCCAUCUUUAAGUGGCGCUAUGUAACAAUUAUUCUGUACGUAGACUCAAUCACUGUCAGUGUAGCAUUUUAAAGGGCUUUGACUGUAAGCUCCUUCCAAUGAGUAAUGUAGGAAAAGAGCACAGGUAUAUGUGGAAGGUGAACAAAUGAAAAUAUGCUGCAGCAUUAUGUGAGUGAGCAAACAUUGUUGUCUCUGGGACUAUGAAAUUGUUAAGCAAAAGCAGCAGGAAUACGCAAUUUGACAGUGAAUACAGUCUUUGUAUGUAAAGACAGUUAAUUUAUUACGCUCGUUAGCUAACGCAAGCAAAUUAAAAAGUACGUUAUUGAUCUUUAACAUCUGGUUCGUUAUUUCUGGUAAGAUUUAUCCCACGAAAACAGGUUAUUGCUAAGUUUACACUAUAAAUGUUUUAUUUCCAUUUUGGAUAUCUGUCAAGAUUCACAGAACGUGAGAGAAUUACAAGCUUCUUUAUCCUUAGUUCAGAGCUAAUACAGUAAAAUUACAAAAAUUUACAUUUAUGCAAAUUUACUAAAGCGGAAGAAUUUCCUUAUCAUCAAAUUCCUACAGAUUCAAAUAAAUUUGAUAACAUUGCUGUAAGUCUUGUCCUUUUGACUUUAGCCACCAACUUGAACAGCUGAUCUUCAGUUUAGUACUGUGGCACGUAUUGCAUGUAUUAACUGACGCUCCAGCGUUUCAGCUUGUUUAUAAUCAUAGGUCAAUCCACGCUCCAGUUCCUUGCUGACUCACUUCAUUUUAUAUAACAGGAAUGUCAACAUACUAGUCUUAAACUAGUUGAUUGUGAGUUUCUGGUCAUUAAGCUGGAAUUUGUUCAAUCUAAGUAAAAACUUCCAAUGCUUAGCUGUUACCUGUAUUAUUAUCAUUAGUUUAUCAUCAAAUGAAUCUAUUCAAUUGUUAACUUUUAUUGAAGUGCUGUAAUCAUUGACUCUGUUAGUAAACAUUUCACCUUGACGCAAAUAUAGAGCAAAACGUCUUAGAAAUCAUUUCAGUUGAUAAACCUUUAAAUAUCGCAAAUAUUCUGAUAAACCGCUGAAGUUUGCAGCUUGUUAAAAGAAGACGUUGUGGAUUUAAUACGUCGAUGAGGUAGCCCUCAAUCCAUCAUUUUGGCCUAAUUUUCACGUUGGCUAAUUAAACCUUUCUACGUGGCACAAGCCAUAACAACUGACUGGGCCGCUACAUGGAAUUAUACAUGUCCUUUAUCUUUUUCAUGCAUGAUUUAUCAGAUCUUGUUUGCGGAAGAAAGCAGCUCUUAGGACUCUGAGCCCUGUAGAAUACGUCCCCGCCCACGCACUUCACGGAACAGUUAGUUUUCCUGCGCCCACGUACCUACCUUGCACAUAAGUGAUGAUGAUGUUAUUCUUCCGUCGAGGGGCCUGAAAGAACCUGAAACAAGAUAAGCAAAAAUUCGCUUGACGCAAUAUAAUUGAUUGACAGAUGUUCAAGUGAUCACUCAUUUGGUUGAGAGUUUGUAAUAAUACGGAGGAUUAGUUUUCCUGAUACAGAGUAAGUGAUUGAAACUACAUCACACGCACCCAAUUUUCACAAAGUUGGGAAGAGGAAUUAACUUGAAACUCAGUUUUACUCGUCGUUGCUGUUAGCCAAGAUGCGAUUCGCUACAGUGUUGCUUGUUGCUAUCGUCCUUAUGGUGAUGGUGGAGUUAUCAGAAACAAGAGGACGUGGUGGUGGAGGCAGAUCUGGAGGCUCCCGUGGCUCAAGAGGCUCCAGUCGAUCGAGAUCUAGGUCUGGAGGGUCCAGCUCAAAACCUAAAAUCACCAAGAACACACCAAUCAAAGCCACCUCAGUUCGCUCCCCGGUGAUUGUCAAACAAACUAAACUGGGUUCGCAUUCAAGCACGUUCAAGAAAGUUGUCGUUGCCUACUUGGUGACCCGCUACGCGUUCAGCAGUGCCCCAGUCUAUCGGGAGGGAUAUCCAAUGUACCGGAGUUAUGUCUCCAUUCCGAAGGAAAGAGCAGUGAGGGUUACCUAUGAGAGAGAAAGGCUGCUGGAUGAUAAAGGAAAUUUGUGUUUGGAUAAAUCAGCAGGGAAACAAACUAUAAAGGAAGGAAUCGACGACAACUUGGUCAACUUGACAACUACAGUGAAGUACAAAAAUGGAGAAACGAAAACACUACACGGAGUCGACAAAACAGUGUCGCUGGAAGACAUCAAGGAUCAAGACUUUGAAGUUUUAAGCCUCGCCAGUUACAACAUCACGAUUGUGACGGGAACAACUUGUACACAGGUCGAGAAGACCGUCCAAGGUACAAUGGUUACCAUGUACGAGACAAAUCCGAACGGCUCAAACAGACUGAACAUCAACAACAUACUUCUCUCAGUCGUUAUUAUGUUGUUUGUGUUUAUGAAUUAA